AGAGGUUACGAUUAGUGCAAUCAAAACCUACAAUUUCAUCCUGUCAUUUUCUUUCUCUCUUUAUCCCUCCAUCAACACCAGAUCGAGACAUUUUCCCUUCCAAUUUCUCUCUUUUGUUGGGGAUUUGAAUUUUGUCCAAUUGAGAACAUGAAGGUAGUAGUGGAGGAGGUGGAGGAGGUUGAGGCACUGUUGGCUAAAGGGUGGUCGGUUGAGGUGGGUAGGAGGAUGAGGAAGGGGGCUGCUGAAGAGGAAGAUGAGGCUACAAAUGAUGAGGAUGAGGAUGGAGGUGAGGAGGAAGAUGGAUCUGGUGAGGAUGGAGGUGAGGAGGAAGAUGGAUCUGGUGAGGAUGGUGAACAGCAAAGGCUAGGCUAGUGUGCUCAUGGGGAUUCUUAGUUUACUUUUGUUCCUCGAUCUGAUAAUACAGUGGCAGAUUUGGUGGCCCAAUCAGUGCUUCCAGGUGUAUGCCCCCCUGUUGGUAAUCCUGAAGACCUUUCAUUGCUGUUGGCUUAUGAUAAGCUACGAUGAAUUUUGUAACUUCGUUAUAAAUCUGUGCAGCUAUUAAUGAAAGUUUCCUUUGUCU